GGCCGCGGUAGCUGUCCGGGCAGGCUGAGGCGAGAGGGAGCUGUCCGGGUGGGGAGCCCACUCUACCUUCUUCCUUUUCCGCCUCCUCCGGGCGAGGGGAGCGAAGGCUGGGGCCCCCGAGCCCAUGGACCGGGAGGAGGCAGAGGCCGCCGAGAGCCGGGGCCCCGCUAUGUGGCCCUGAGCCCCGUGUACUGGUUCCGCCUGUCUGGAAGGCCAUGGAGGAAAAACUGGGAGUCACGCCAAAGCCUGCUUCCUGGAUUUUAUCAGGAUAUUGUUGGCAGACACCUGCGAAGUGGUUGAGAAACCAGUACCUGUUUUAUGCUUUCUUCUGCUUCAGUGCUCUGUGGUUUUCAACAGAUGCCAGUGAGAGCAGGUGCCAGCAGGGGAAGACACAUUUUGGAGUUGGCCUGCGAUCUGCGGGGGAGAAUCACCUCCGGCAUCUCGAAGGAACUCCCUCUCUCCAGGCAUGCUGGGCUGCCUGCUGCCAGGACUCUGCCUGCCAUGCCUUUUGGUGGCUAGAAGGGACGUGCAUCCAAGUGGACUGCAGCAGGCCCCAGCGCUGCCGCCCCUUUAGGACAGACUCUUCCAAUUCCGUGUUGGUGUUUUUAAAAACAUUCCCACCUGUGGAGGACUUGGGCCUUCCACCCGAAGAGGAUGUGUCACGUCUUCUGGGACUCGAUUGGAGCGGGGCGACUUGGAGGGGGCAGAGCCCACCCAGAGCUUCCCUCAGACCUGCUGUAGCCUCCAGUGACCAGCAGCAGAGCUUCAUCAGGAAGCUUCAGAAGAGAGACAGUCCCAGUAAAGAAACAGCCACACCUGUGGUGACAGAGCACGCGGAGAGCCCCUCCAAGGAUCUCGGCGACCCAACCACCAGUGGCGCUGCAGAGGUGGACGAGGCAGUUACAGUUUCCAGUCCCUUAACCACAAACCAGACUGCAGAGAUUCCCGGCUGGCCAAAGAAUGUAUCAGUCCAACCUGAACCAUCCGAGGAGCCCAGCACUCAGCAAGUGAAAAGUCACGAGAAAACCCAGACCGCUGCCCCUUUGCCCGCGGCGCCCUCCCACAGUUAUGCGACCCCCACCCCACAGGCCUCUUUCCAGAGCACCUCGGCACCACCCCCAGUUAUAAAGGAACUGGUGGUAUCUGCUGGAGAGAGUGUCCAGGUGACCCUGCCUAAGAAUGAAGUUCAGUUAAAUGCAUAUGUUCUCCAAGAACCCCUUGAAGGAGAAACCUACACCUACGACUGGCAGCUGAUUACUCAUCCUAAAGACUACAGCGGAGAAAUGGAAGGGAAACAUUCCCAGGUCCUCAAACUAUCCAAGCUCACUCCAGGACUGUACGAAUUCAAAGUGAUCGUAGAGGGUCAGAAUGCCCAUGGGGAAGGCUACGUGAACGUGACAGUGAAGCCAGAGCCCCGGAAGAAUCGGCCUCCCGUUGCUAUUGUGUCUCCGCAGUUCCAGGAGAUCUCUCUGCCAACAACCUCUACGGUCAUUGAUGGCAGCCAAAGCACUGAUGAUGAUAAAAUCGUCCAGUACCACUGGGAGGAACUUAAGGGGCCUCUGAGAGAAGAGAAGAUUUCUGAAGACACUGCCAUAUUAAAACUAAGCAAGCUCGUUCCUGGGAACUAUACUUUCAGCCUGACUGUCGUGGACUCCGAUGGAGCUACCAACUCCACCACUGCAAGCCUGACCGUAAACAAAGCCGUGGAUUACCCCCCUGUGGCCAACGCAGGCCCCAACCAAGUCAUCACCCUGCCCCAGAACUCCAUCACGCUCUUUGGGAACCAGAGCACGGAUGAUCAUGGCAUCACCAGCUACGAGUGGUCUCUCAGCCCCAGCAGCAAAGGGAAAGUGGUAGAGAUGCAGGGCGUUAGAACACCGACCCUGCAGCUCUCUGCAAUGCAAGAGGGAGACUAUACUUACCAGCUCACAGUGACGGACACGAUCGGGCAGCAGGCCACCGCCCAAGUGACGGUCAUCGUGCAGCCUGAAAACAACAAGCCUCCGCAGGCAGAUGCAGGCCCAGAUAAAGAGCUGACCCUCCCUGUGGACAGCACCACCCUGGAUGGCAGCAAAAGCACAGAUGACCAGAAAAUCGUCUCGUAUCUCUGGGAGAAAUCACAGGGACCUGACGGGGUGCAGCUGGAGAACGCCAACAGCAGCGUGGCCACUGUGACCGGGCUGCAGGUGGGGACCUACGUGUUCACCUUGACCGUCAGAGACGAGCGGAACCUGCGCAGCCAGAGCUCCGUGAACGUCAUCGUCAAAGAAGAAAUGAACAAGCCGCCCACAGCCAAGAUAUCUGGGAACGUGGUGAUUACCUUGCCUGCGAACACGGCAGAGCUGGACGGCUCCAAGUCCUCGGAUGACAAGGGGAUAGUCAGCUUCCUCUGGACGCGAGACGAGGGGAGCCCAGCCGCAGGGGAGGUGCUGAAUCACUCUGACCAUCACCCCAUCCUCUUUCUCUCCAACCUGGUUGAGGGAACCUACACGUUUCACCUAAAAGUGACUGACGCGAAGGGCGAGAGUGACACAGACCGGGCCACCGUGGAGGUGAAACCUGAUCCCAGGAGAGACAACCUGGUGGAGGUCGUCUUGGAUGUCAACGUCAGUCAGCUGACUGAGAGGCUGAAGGGGAUGUUCAUCCGCCAGAUUGGGGUCCUCCUGGGGGUGCUGGAUUCCGACAUCAUUGUGCAAAAGAUUCAGCCGUACACGGAGCAGAGCACCAAGAUGGUCUUUUUUGUUCAAAACGAGCCUCCGCACCAGAUCUUCAAAGGCCACGAGGUGGCAGCGAUGCUCAAGAGUGAGCUGCGGAAGCAGAAGGCGGACUUCCUGAUAUUCGGAGCCCUGGAGAUCAGUACCGUCACCUGUCAGCUGAACUGCUCGGACCAUGGCCACUGCGACUCCUUCACUAAGCGCUGUGUCUGCGACCCCUUCUGGAUGGAGAAUUUCAUCAAGGUGCAGCUGAGGGAUGGAGACAGCAACUGUGAGUGGAGCGUGUUGUAUGUGAUCAUCGCUACCUUCGUGAUGGUCGUCGCCUUGGGGACCCUGACUUGGACCAUGAUCUGCUGUUGUAGGAGGCAAAAAGGAAAACCCAAGAGGAAAAGCAAGUACAAGAUCCUGGAUGCUACAGAUCAGGAGAGCCUGGAGCUGAAGCCGGCGUCCCGAGCAGGUACCAAGCAGAAAGGCCCGGCGCUGGGCAGCAGCCUGAUGCACUCCGAGUCGGAGCUGGACAGCGACGACGCCAUCUUCACGUGGCCGGACCGCGAGAAGGGCCGGCUCCUGCACGGCCAGAACGGCUCGGUGCCCAACGGGCAGACGCCGCUCAAGGCCAGGAGCCCGCGGGAGGAGAUCCUGUAGCCCCGUCGGUCCUCAGGGUAGGGGUCGGCAGUGCCAGGCCAGGGCACAGCCGCGCCGCUUCUACCUCCACGUCUGCGGCGCCGGCCGGCAGCCCUGGCUCCAUCCUUCCCCGGAGCCAAACGAAGCUGUGAACGACCUUUCUUCCUCUGACCUCCAGGCAGGCCCCUGAGAGCCUCCCCUCCGGCCUCCUGUUUCUGCACUCCCGGCCCUUCCCGGGGGCACCCGUUGCUGCUCCCGGAGCUCCUGCACUGGGCCGGCCACACCCCUUCCCGCGCUGCCUCCGCCUGGGCUCAGACCCAAGCACCACCAGCCCCGCCCGGCGCCGCCCAGAGCCACCCGGAGCCCACCGGCCCAAAGCCCAGGGGGCUGUGCUUCGCUCGGUUGGAGCACGCGGCCUCAGGGCCCCAGAGCAGCGGCCUCUCCUCCCCGGCACAGCAGGGAGCCCGGGAUGGUGGUGCAGACGGUGUCAGCGAGGCCGGCUGUCUGCAGGGAGGGCCCGCCUGCCAGGUGGCGGGUGGAGGCGCCGGCGUUGGGAGCGGCCAGGCUGGACACUGCCUCCCCUGCUGCUCGACCAGUACGCGGUCCCCAAGGGGACAGCCACACAGGGACUGGAAAGCUGUGGCAUGAGAGCGCAUGUGUGCGACUGCCCCACAGGUCCUGCCCUCCACCCUGUCCUUGGUGUCCCUGCAUGUGUGUGAGUGAGCGCGAGUGCAUCACCUGUGGGGCUGUCGGCUGCCCCCAGGCAAUCUUGACUGGAAGGACUUGGAGCUCCUGGAACACAUCCUGAGUCCCUG